CAUCCAGCAAAUAAAUCUUAUCAAAGAGUACUUUUGAUAUCAGUCAGACCAGAUCAGUCGUUAAGUGGGACUUCUUGUGAAAACUUCAACAAUGUCUUUUGAGAGACACUCAGCUGGUCCACGCCAAUACACUGUUGGCACCAUGUCGGAUCGCUUGGAUUGUCACUACUGCAGAGCCGCUUUGCAAGGGAAAAAGUAUGUCGAGAAGGAAGGACACAAAUGCUGUGUGAAGUGCUUUGAGAAAAUCUGCGCCAACACCUGUGCAGAAUGUCGGAAGCCAAUUGGGGUGGAUUCUAAGGAGCUGCACUACAAGAGCCGCUACUGGCACGAUACCUGCUUCCGAUGCGCUAAAUGCUAUCACCCUCUGGCCAAUGAGCAGUUUGUCGCAAAAGACAAUAAAAUCCUGUGUGCAAAGUGCACCACCCGUGAGGACUCUCUUCGCUGCAAUGGAUGCCACAAGCAGAUUUUACCAGGUGGACGCAAUGUGGAAUAUAAGGGCAGUGCCUGGCACGAGGAGUGCUUUAUAUGCAGUAACUGCAAGAAAGCCAUAGGGGCUGGAAGUUUCUUCCCCAAAGGAACAGAUGUGUUUUGUGUCACCUGCCAUGAGGAAAAAUUUGCAAAACAUUGCGUGAAAUGCAAGAAUCCAAUUACUACUGGAGGGAUAACUUACCAGGAUCAGCCGUGGCAUGGGGAUUGCUUUGUAUGUGAAACAUGCCACAAGAAGCUCGCUGGCCAGCGCUUCACCGCUGUUGAGGAUCAAUACUAUUGUGUUGAUUGCUACAAGACAUUCGUGGCCAAGAAAUGCUCAGGAUGUAACAACCCAAUCACCGGAUUUGGAAAAGGCUCCAACGUCGUCAACUACGAAGGACACGCAUGGCAUGAGUACUGUUUCACUUGCAAAAAGUGCUCUCUAUCCCUGGCUAACAAGCGUUUUGUACGCCAUAAUGAGCAGAUUUACUGCCCUGACUGCGCCAAGAAACUGUAAAGGGGCACAAAACAUACGCUACUUUGCUUAUUCUUGCAUUACUGUAAACCCCUGAAAUGCUUUUACUAUAUAGUUUCUAAAGAUCUGUAUUGUGAUUUUGCACGUAUAUAUGAAUUACUGGGCUUUUCACCGAUUACAAAUAAUGCAUGGAUUAGAUUGUAUUUUAUAUGGCAGACAAAGAAAAUUAGAUUCAAAUAUACUAUCUGUGGAACAAUCUAACAAAUGUUUCUUUACUAAUGCGUUUAAAGAUCAUAUUUAUAUAAAUAUACACACUAUAGGUUAUGCAUGCUGGUUUGUUAAACCUCAAUUUUUAUACAAAGCAGAAUACAUCUAUAUACACCGUAUUACAUGCAUGAAAUGACAGCAUUUUAUAAGCUUACAGUGCAUAUAGAAGUCAUAUUAGUGGUUCUAACAUGAAACGCUUUUUAUCUGCAUUUUGGAUUAAAAAAGAAAUUCAAAACAAAUACAUGUUUUUUCGUUGGAUGUAAUAAACCGUAUGGUAAAUGCUAAGAACUUACAUAGUGAUUUCUCAAAGGAUUUAAACGUGUAAACUCUGUUGGUAAAUACCUACAACAGAGUAUAGAGAAACAACCAGAAAAGGGGACGCCGCAGAAUGCUUAUCCCAGUCCAAAGCACCAGGAAUGGGAAAAGUUAACAAGGCAAUGUAUAAACAGAAAUUCAGAGAUCAUUAUCUCCGGGAAAAAAACAUUUCACCCCGAAUAACUCCGUACUUAACUGCAAAGAUUUUUAGAUUUUCCCUUAACAGCUCUUGAAUUUGGUAACAAUAAUAUAACCCCAUGUUCCACAAACCAUCUGGAAUCAUUAAGUAGAAUGAUAAUCUGUUUCCAAUUGUUGAUUGGUAUUUGGUUUGAAGCUGUCUUCGAUAGACAUAAUAAAAACUGAAUUAAACACA